UCGUGUGUACAUUUCAUGAAGGUGUGUAAGUGACACACUUCCCGUAAGUUGAUAAGAGAAUCCGCGCAACCAAAAAAAGUGUGCCAACAGUGUACAUUGGAGAGAAAAUGCCCUAAAUAGAACACAUGUCUUCUUUUUUACUACUGUAUGAUGUUUGUAUGCGCUUUACCUUUGAGAUUCCAGCCUCCUGACUUCUAUUUAUUUUUUUAGAUAUGACUCAGGACCCAUUGCUCAGCGUUUAUUUUUUUUUCAUCUUAAGAUUGGAGGAAAUUUUGGAUAAAAAUGUGGUUCAUACCCCCUUCACUCGUAAGCGCCGGGCAAACUUCAUAGCAUUCCUCUACCAUCAAUUGACAUUGGCUUCUUUACAGUGUAAGAACAAUAUCAGUUGUUGGUGCUUUAUUUGUCCCACACUGGGGAAAUUUGCAGUCUACAGCAGCAAGAUUGUGGGUAGAAAGAAGAAUUCAAUCAAUUAAGUGCAAUAUAAAUACAAAUAUGCAUAAGGUCGCAGUGCUAUUUACAAUUAUUUAAUUUAAUAAGAUAAAAUAAGUAUCUUAUUGCUGGUUUGCCAAAAGCCAAGAGACGCCGCAGAAAAGGAACAAAGAAAAGACAAAAUAUUAGAUUGUGGUCACAAUAAAUUUCUCCUAGGAGAAAAAAAAUCAAGUUACAAAAAUAAAUGUUGGUGUUUUAUUUAUUUGUUUUAAAUCAUGGUACAUUUCCUUCUCUGCAGAAUGCGAUCUACCAGAAUGUACAGAUGUGUAAGGGGCUUGGCGGUCCUCCACAGGUCUUCAUUCUGCUGCAUUAUAACCCUCACAUACAUCGCAUCAAGGUGGCCGUCCUGAGGGCCGACAACCUGGAGAACCUCGAUCACACAUCAACCGCACCAGACUACCAGGUGGUGAUCAAGCUGCAUCACGAGGGACUCACGAUCAGCAGCAAAGAAACAAAAGGAGCCUCAUUUGCUGUGUGGAACUCCUACUUCCUGUUUGACCUCCCACCAGGAGACAUUAGUCAAUUACCACUCAUGUUGGAGUUUAAGAUCAUGCAAAGUCAUGCACGGUCGCAAAGCCAAGUCCUCGGUCGAGUCCUCAUCGGCGCUGAGGCUGCUGAUGCUGGGCGUGCUCACUGGUGGGACACGUGCAGCCUGCAAGGGGAGCAGUCACGUUGGCACAUGGUUCAACCAGAACCUUCAUAGAAACAUAUCAAACCAGGCACGAUGUAUCUUUAUAUGAUGUCCAUCCAAUGUACUAAAUGUCAAUCGGUCAUUUUUGCCAUGAAGUGCCCGCGCCUACAGAACAAAUCGCCUUAUUUUGAUAUCUCAGCAUGUGUGUAGUGCGUGUGAAAAUACAACAAAUGCAUUCACAAACACGUCUUUGCUAAUGUGCACGCAGCCACGGAAAAGGAAUUAAAUACAACA